AUGGGACCAUACAUCAGGGAACCAGAUAAGUAUAAAGAAAGUGUUCUCCAACACCAAGAGGGACUAGUUUUGAAUUUAUCCAAUGUUGAACUGAGUAAACAUCAGUUAGCUGUUUUGGGAAAAGGUCUUUCUUUUAUUCCCACCAGCCGUUCAUGUUAUGCAGAUGUUAUUUUGGACAUCAAAACUUUUACUAGAAAUUUGACUUUAAAGUUGCUAUAUAAAGAUAAUAAUAGUGUUCAAAGAGCUCAGAAUGUUUUUUCUAAACCAAGUUCUUUUAUUCCGAACAAUCAUAUGCUUGUUAAUGCAUUUGAGAAAUUAUGCAUACGUGAUAUUUAUGAUACAUGUGUGGGCCAUGGCUCUGAUUUUAUGAGUGAUAGAUAUUCUAAUUUGUCACGACAUGAAAAAUGUGCUCUGAAAGAGCUUGAGAAUGAUACUCGACUUACUAUCAGACCAGCAGACAAAGGCGGCCUGAUCGUGGUUUUAGAUAAAAAUUGGUAUGAAGCUCAGAUGUUUGCCAUUUUAUGUGAUAGUUCCUUUUAUGAGGAAUUAGAUGCAGAACAUAUUUUUGCUCAUAUAGGAGAUGUGCAUGUUGUUUUGAAAGGUUUAUUAGAAGAGCAGUUGAUUGAUGAAAAGUUAUUGGAUUAUUUUUUAGUGGACAAGCCGACAAUACCUAUAUUACAGGGACUACCAAAGGUCCACAAGUCAACUAGUAAUCCGCCUAUGAGACCAAUUGUCUCUAGUAGAGAUGUGGUCUCUCUUUUCACAGUGAUUCCGAAUACAGAGGGGCUGGCAGCUAUACAAGAGUUUUUGAGGAAUUCUACGCAGUACACUGCUGACACUAUUAUUCUUCUACUUCAACUUUUAGAAUUGGUAGCCAUGCAGAACACUUUCUUGCACAACUUUGUGGAAAGGCAGCUGGAUGUGAGCAUCGUUCAACUUGAGGAGGAACUGCAUGCAUCUGAGAGCAUACUGUAUAAUGUGCUGAAUGACUCACUUACCCGGGAGAUUACAAAUUUCUCUCAGUUCAUCGUUAACCUCUCAUCCUGUGUAUUGUUGGAUCGUUUCCAGCCUAUGGGAUCUCUGGAUGAACUAGAGAAAAAAGCACAGAUACUGCAGCAGCAAAACAAUCUACUGGCAAGUAUAAUAUUUAAUGAUUCCUCAAAGCCUGAAACCACCCGUCACUCUUCCAAUGGAAGCCUAUCAAAGCAUAUAGACUACACUAUCAGGACCAAUGUUUUCACCAGUAUGAGGACGGACCGUUUAAUGAAUCCAACGUGGAAAGCACAUCCCAAAAGGAUGCCUAUGAUAAGCUUUUGCUAUAACUACUUUUUUGUACCUUUGCAAGAUAUGAUUGAAAGGGCUCUGAUCGAAGUGCUGACAGGACAAGAAGUAAAGGAUCCCAUUGUGCAAGUGCAAGCAAUGCCAUAUCCUUGUCAUGUACGAGAUGAGUUUUUGAACCAGAUAGGUUACUUUUUUCCUCUUAUUAUGAUGUUAUCUUGGACAAUAUCAGUUGCCAGUAUGGUUCGCAAACUGGUUUAUGAAAAAGAACUUUAUCUAGAAGAGUACAUGAAGAUCAUGGGAGUGAGUCCAAUGACACAUUUUCUGGCCUGGUUCCUGGAGAAUUUUGCUGUAAUGACUGCCUGCAGUGCGACUUUAGUUAUUAUUCUGAAAGCCAGUCGGAUCCUUACGUACAGCAAUGGUUUGAUUGUUUUUCUAUUCUUCCUGGAUUUUGGAACUGCAGUAAUUAUGCUGAGUUACCUAACAGGCUCAUUAUUUAGUAAUGCAAACACUGCAGCUCUUUCAGCAAGUCUGUUCUACGUUAUCUCCUUUUUACCAUUUAUGGUCUUGAUUGUCAUGCAGAAAAACAUGACUUUAACUGUUCAGACAAUACUGUGUCUCCUCUCUACCACAGCAUUCAGCCAGGGAGUGUUCUUUCUGUCAUUCUUUGAAGGACAGCAAGCAGGAAUUCAGUGGCAUAAUAUGUACCAGUCUCCAACUCAAGAUGACGUCUUGACCUUUGGGUGGAUAUGUUGGAUGAUUCUUAUAGACUCAGUUAUAUACUUUCUAAUAGGCUUCUAUAUCCACAGUAUACAUCCUGAUGCCGCAGAAGAGCUAGAUAUACCUGGGAACUCACCUCAGAAAAGCACAGGUCCGGUUAGUCCAAACUUGUUUGCAUCGCAACAACUACAGACCGAGAUGCUGAACCUUACAACUCUUUUGAAUGCUUUGAAUUUUGUUUUGUUUUCUUCCCGCCUGGAUAAAGUUGAUGAAACUUUAUCACAGCAACGUUCUUUUAAGAACAGAGGCUCCAAUGUCAACCUUAACGAGCAGACAAGCGGGAGUUUAAUGCUGAGAGCUUGUUUGACUUCUACCGAACCUAGCAUACAUAAUACUCCUAACGCGGAUAAUAUUCAAAGUACAGAGGGCAUCCAAGAAUUUAUCAAUGAUUCUAUACCAGCAGCUCAACAUAUUCCAAGAUCUGUAUCACCUACUGACUGUUUACCUUCGAAUGAACAAGGGAAUGUAUUCCACCACGGAACGGGGCUUAUUGGCACUCCACUUUUCAAUGAAUGGGUGACGAACAUCUCUAACCUGUCUUUUGGUAAUGGACUUAACCAGGAGCGACUGGCCAGUAUUUGUGGCAACCAACAGGUCAGUUUGCAGUUAUUAAGUGAAAAAUUAAACCUUUUUGACUCUAAGCUGCUCAAAUUAAAGAAACAUCAGCUUGAAAAAGCUUACUUCAAUGAAUGUUUGAAUCAGCGUAUUGUCCAGAAGGGGUUACGAUUUCACCAAUACCCCAUUGGGUUAAUAGCUGAUUCGCCAUUCCAUUUAGAGUUAACCACCCUUUUUAACCAGCAAGGGUUUGACUUAUUGCAAUUAAUGAUGAAACAUUAUAUGCUUCAAAUUGAGAUACUUACCAAGGAGGUUUCUGCUUUAAACACGGAUAUUACCUCUGACAUUGACUUCUUGAGGUACAAAUUUGACUACGAAAGAUGCUUUACCAGUAUUGAUCAACUGUUGGAAAGGCUGAAAUACAAUAAAAUUAAAAAAAUGAAUAGAGAUAGAACUGCUUAUGAAAAUGGCAGUGCAUAUCCGAAGCCAUCUGUUGAACAAGUAGCAACAAUUUCUAAUGUUAAUAUUUCACCCACACAGCAGGACAAUGAAAGCAAUGUUGUUAACAAUUCAAAUAACUCAAACAGAGGCUCCAAUGUCAUCCUUAACCAGCAGACAAGCGGGAGUUUAAUACUGAGAACUUGUCUGCCUUCCACCGAACCUAGCAUACAUAAUACUCCUAACGCGGAUAAUAUUCAAAGUACGAAGGGCAUCCAAGAAUCUAUCAAUGAUUCUAUACCAGCAGCUCAACAAAUUCCAAGAUCUGUAUCACCUACUGACUGUUUACCUUUGAAUGAACAAGGGAAUGUAUUCCACGACAGAACGGGGCUUAUUGGCACUCCAGUUUUCAAUGAAUGGGUGACGAACAUCUCUAACCUGUCUUUUGGUAAUGGACUUAACCAGGAGCGACUGGCCGGUAUUUGUGGCAACCAACAGGUCAGUUUGCAGUUAUUAAGUGAAAAAUUAAAACUUUUUGACUCUAAGCUGCUCAAAUUAAAGAAACUUCAGCUUGAAGUAGCUUACUUCAAUGAAUGUUUGAAUCAGCGUAUUGUCCCGAAGGGGUUACGAUUUCACCAAUACCCCACUGGGUUAAUAGCUGAUUCGUCAUUCCAUUUAGAGUUAAUCACCCUUUUUAACCAGCAAGGGUUUGACUUAUUGCAAUUAAUGAUGAAACAUUAUAUGCUUCAAAUUGAGAUACUUACAAAGGAGGUUUCUGCUUUAAACACGGAUAUUACCUCUAACUUUGACUUCUUGAGGGGCUUGACUGUACAAGAACAAACAACUGGAGAAGAUGAAGAAGACAUUAAAGGCUUGGAUAUUGGAGUCGCCCUCAGGUCAAUAACCAUGGAGUACAAUGCUAACAAGACAGUAGCUGUGAGAAACUUAACCUUUACUUUUUAUAGAAGCCAUAUUACAACUCUACUUGGACCUAAUGGUGCUGGCAAGACAACAACAAUAUCCAUGCUGACAGGUCUGUGCAAGCCAAGCUCUGGUACAAUAUACAUAAAUGGUAAAAACAUGAGAGCAGCUCUUCCUACUCUGAAGCAAGACAUAGGAUUUUGUCCACAGCAUGAUGUUCUAUUUGACUAUUUAACUGUUUAUGAACAUCUUCUUUUCUAUGGAGCCAUAAAAGCACCACACUGGACAAAAAAACAAUUAUAUAGUGAAGUUAACAGGGCACUUAAUGAUAUUGGACUUUCUCGGCAUCAGCAUAAACAAGUUGGAACACUUUCUGGUGGAAUGAAAAGAAAAUUGUCCAUUUCCAUUUCUUUCCUUGGAAAUUCUACGACCGUCAUUUUGGAUGAGCCUACAAGCGGAGUUGAUCCUUGCUCACGCCGGAGUAUCUGGGAUAUCAUGCUGAAGUAUCGAGCUGGUCGAACAAUCAUCUUGACCACACACCACCUCGACGAAGCAGAAGUUCUUAGCAAUCGUAUUGCCAUACUUGAACAAGGCCAACUGAAAUGCUAUGGUUCUCCUGCUUUUUUAAGGGAACUCUAUGGUCAAGGGUGCAAACUAACAUUUAAUAAGAAGCCAUCUAUUUGGUCUUCUCAUUCAAACUGUGACAGUGUCUGUUUAACAUCCCUGGUACAAAAAUAUAUUCCAGAGGCAUCUCUUAAAGAAGACAUUGGAAGGGAGCUAACAUAUUUAAUUCCAUCAGCUGUGGAUAAAACAGCUUGCACAAGGCUCUUUGAGGAUCUGGAAAAAAACCUAGACCAUCUACAUCUCAAUAGUUAUGGCAUUUCUGAUAGUGCACUAGAAGAGGUAUUUCUGCAGAUUGUGCAGGAAAUAGAAAAGAAGCCCUUUAGUCAUCAUGUGAAUAUGAACAAUGUAGAAGUGCUUAGCAGCAGUUCAACGCAACGUGACAGUAACUUCCUCAUGGGAAAUAUGAGAGUCAGUGGAGGAAGCCUUGUUCUCUCACAGAUAAUUGCAGUGCUACUGAAACGUUUCCAUUACACUAGACGUGACUGGAAAGGGGCUUUGGCAUAUCUUGUACUUCCAGUCCUGUUUGUAGCUAUGGCAAUGGGAUUAUUUACUAUUAAACUGCUUGUGAUUGACUAUCCUUCACUGAAGUUAGUGCCCGAGCUAUACAAUAGUGCAGAACAUUUAUUUUUCAGAUACCUCUCUGGAACACCCCACCAAAGAGGCACCAUUGAAGAGAAAGUGCAAGAGGAAGCACUUGGCUCUCCUGAAGAAUCCUUCACAGAAGACACCGAUUUUGAUGAAGGGAAGGUUCCCAUGUGCAGAGCUUCCCCAGAUGAUCUGGUUUCCAACUUUACCAACAGUAAAGGACAUCAUCUAUAUAACCUUACAGGUUAUAAUAUUGAAGAUUUUUUACUCUGGACAUCAAAAAAACUUCUAAAUAAAAGAUAUGGUGGCUGGUCAUUUGGAGAAAUACUGCCUUCAGAUUUAAAACCAAAAAAUAACUCCCACACAGUGAGUCUAAGUAAGGCUUGGUAUAACCAGAAAGGAUAUCACGCUGAACCUGCCUUUUUGAACCAUCUACAUAACUUGCUUCUUUGGGCCAAUUUGCCACCCAAUACUGACUGGAAUCAAUAUGGUAUUACACUUCAUAGUUAUCCCUAUGGAGGAUCUUUGCUGGAGGAAGACAAAAUAUUGGAAAGCGCUCGGCAGAGUGGAGUGGCAUUAUGCAUGACUCUGGGAUAUUCCAUCCUCACAGCUGUGAUGGGUGCAUCCAUAGUGAGGGACAGAGUGUCUGGAGGAAAGAGACUGCAGCAUACUGCUGGGCUUAGUCAUAGAUUAUACUGGUUUUCCAACUUCUUCUAUGACAUGAUGUUCUACCUGAUUCCAGUCGGCCUGUGUAUUGGGGUUAUUGCAGCCUUCCAAGUAACUGCUUUUACAUUCAGAGAAAAUUUAGCAGCCACAGCUCUCCUGCUGAUACUGUUUGGUUAUUCAACUCUCCCUUGGAUGUACCUGAUAUCCAGAUAUUUUACCAGUCCAGAUAUUGCUUUCAUAACUUUUAUCUCCAUUAAUUUUGUGGUUGGAGUCAGUACAGUAAUUUCAGUUUUCUUGCCACAGUUGCUGGCUGUCAUUUCUAACCUUCAGGGUUUGCAUCAAGUAUACAGCAGCCUGCAGUAUGCCUUCAUUAUCUUCCCUCCAUUCUGCCUCGGCCAUGGGUUAAUACAACUGUCUUACAACCAGAUGAAAUUUGACUUAACAAGCAGAUAUGGAAUAGACUCUUAUUUGAGUCCCUUCCAGAUGGACUUUCUUGGAUGGAUAUUUUUGGCGAUGGCACUAGAGGGCAGCAUAUGCCUCAUAGUACGACUUACUCUACAUAUGGAUAUCCUGAGGUGGAAAAACAAACACUCUGUUUUAGAACCCAGCAUUUCUGUAAGCGAUAAAGAUGUUAAUGAAGAACGAGCUCGGGUAUUCCGGGAACGAGGAACAUGCGAUGAUGUCCUUCUUCUCUACAAUCUGGAGAAAAAAUAUCAGCACUUCAACAAAAUGAUUUCUGCUGUGAAUGGCAUUAGUCUUGGGGUUCCAAGAGGAGAGUGCUUUGGACUCCUUGGUGUGAAUGGGGCUGGCAAAACAACAACCUUUAAAAUGCUGACAGGAGAUAUUGCACCUUCUACUGGAUAUGCAGCAAUCAGAACAGCAGCAGGAACUGAAAUUGACAUUAUUUCUGCCAGUAAAGAUGGAAGGCUGAUUGGAUACUGUCCACAACAAGAUGCCUUGGAUGAACUUCUAACAGGCUGGGAACAUCUUGUUUUUUAUUGCAGACUUCAUGGAAUACCAAAUGUACUCAUAAGUAAGGUAGCUGGUGACCUUGUUAGCCGUUUACAUCUCAACUUGCACAUUCACAAGUUAGUGAAGACAUACAGUGGUGGAACUAAAAGAAAACUUUCCACAGCUCUUGCUCUGAUUGGAAGACCACAAGUCCUUUUACUGGACGAACCCAGUUCAGGGAUGGAUCCAAGGUCUAAACGUUACCUCUGGAAAACAAUACUAAAUGAAGUACAGAAUGGCUGCGCUGCUCUCCUAACAUCACACAGUAUGGAAGAGUGUGAAGCUUUAUGCUCAAGGCUUGCUAUCAUGGUUAAUGGGCAGUUUAGAUGUCUUGGAUCUCCACAGCACAUCAAAAACAGGUUUGGGGAUGGAUACUCAGUUAAAGUGUGGUUUUCUAAAGAAGCAAGAAAUCAGUCUGCUAUCACUGAAUGCUUGAUGAUGGAUUUUCCAGGAACAUACUUAAAGGAACAGCAUCACGAUUUACUUGAAUAUCAAGUGCCACAUAGACAAGGAGGUUUAGGAGAGAUGUUCAGAGUUCUAGAGAGCUGCAAAAAGCAGUCACACAUCAAACAUUAUUCUGUCAGCCAGACUACAUUGGACCAGGUUUUUAUUAAUUUUGCAAUGCAGCAGAAGGAAACUACAGAUCAAACAGAAGACAUGCUCUCUUGUAACCCUGGUAACCAAGUAUGAAGUCAAACAAGAGCAAUCUGACGGGCUUCCUGCAAAAUUGAUGUUUUUCAGAGCUUAAAGAUGAAAUGUUAAUUAUUGAAUAUGACAAAAUGAAUGAUAAUCCAUUUUAUCUUCAUGUGGAUGUUUAGCAAUUCACAGCAUGCUGACCUUUAAUGUAUACACGUGUUUACAAAAUUUUAUUUUAGUUAUUACCUGACAGAACUGCCCCAGUAAUGUCCAUACCAAAAAUAAAUAGCCUUUUGUCUUUUGCAUUGCAUUGCAUUCAUGAAUACUGUCUUGUUAGCAAACAUUUUAUCCAAAAUAAAAUAUGCUGAAUUGUAUUGCCUAUAUUCUGUAUGUAUUUUCAAGAUCUUACACAAGUAGACUGCUCCUAUCUAGCUUAUUUGCUUAGUAAAAAGAAAAAAAAAAUAGG